AAAGCUGUCUGCAGCCGCGGAGCCUCAAUCUGAUCCGGGAUCGAACCACAUGCAGCCGCGCGUCCCCACCAUGCACGGCUCCAGGCUGCUGAGCGCGCUCCUGUGCGCCCUGCUGCUCGUGUCCGGCUCCGCUGGCUCCGCUGGCUCCGCAGAGAUGGAGAGUUCCGAGGAGCUGAGCCGCAGAGCUCUGCGGGACUUCUACCCCAAAGGUCCGAACCUGACCAGCGAGAAGCAGCUGCUCGGAGCUCUGCAGGAAGUUCUGGAGAAGCUUCAGGCCAAACGUCUUCCUCUGUGGGAGAAGAAGUUUGGUCAAGUCCCCACGUGUGACGUGGGCGAGCAGUGUGCCGUGAGGAAAGGAGCUCGGAUUGGGAAGAUGUGCGACUGUCCCCGAGGAGCGUUCUGCAACUUCUUCCUGCUGAAGUGCUUAUGAGCCUCGGAUUUGAACGUAGUCAUGUGAAGUGAAGCAAAGUGUUUCUUGAUUCCUUUGUAAUAACUGUAAUAUUUUUUUAUGAUGCAACUGAGCUGAGUGACCGACGCCUCCCACAGACAACUGUAGUAGUUCUAUGAUAAAUAUAUAUUUAUGAAAUACUAGAAUAUAUAUUAUAUCCCAGAUCAGUGUGUACAGAUGUUAAGAGACAGACAGGAGGAUUCACACAGUGUAAACAUUCAGAAACACUUUAUGUCUGAGAAGCACAGGGUCAAUGUUGUGAUGUAGUAGGAGCUAAGAAAUUACCCACAAUGCACCGUAACCCUGAGGACCAGGUACACAGUAAAGAGCCUGAGCAGCUGAUUGAUCAACAGGAGACGGUCGGUCUGAGACGUGAACCUUUGGUUUGUGAUGUUUCGUGUGUGACUCAACAAUAAACUGUGGAU